AUGGCACUUUUCGUAGACCUCGACGAGGAGGCCGAGCCACCGCAGACACAAUAUUAUGGCUUAAAGCCCGAGUGGAAUGGCGAGCGCGUCAAGCAGCAGCUGAAUGGGUUACAUGGAGGAGAGAGCCAAGAGACUACGAUAGAUCGAGAACCAGAGAACCUCAACGAGCAUAAUGGGAUGGCGGAGGCUCUCGGAUGUUAUCCAACCUCCCCUUGGUUGUCAUACUCAUCGUGUGAAGCCGGGGGAGAUAAGGCUGACUCGACCACCAGUAUCGUUAUGGCGAUUGCGUCGUCUAUCGACCUGAACACACUCGACAACCUGUCUCGUACCUGUCGCCAGGUCCAUCAGGCCCUCCUGCAGUAUCGAAGCGCCCUUCUUGCGCAUACCCUCCAUUGUGUCAACGAAGAUGUACCCGUCGACCCUGAAGACACUUUCCGUUACCGUGCCCGAGCAGGGAAUUGGUAUUAUAUGGAAGACGGUCGAACUGGGGACUAUAAUGGUAAAAGCGGGAAUUGCGCGAGAGAUAUGGUAGCCGAAUGCAGGCGAUGCGCAACGGCUGUAUGCCGGAACUGCGCCAUCAAGCCGCCAGCCCCCGUUGUGCUUCGCGACAGGCAUCGCCGACUAUGCUUUCCAUGUAGUAAGGCUCCUCUCGGAAGUCUUGUUAAACCGUCAUUAUCACCAGACACUCUCGCAGACGCUGAGGAAAUGCAGCAAGCAAUCUGCACUUGUGUCACAAAGGGAGUUUGGCUAUGCCAACCUUGCGGGAGGAGUAUUCGCGGAGCGGAUCACGACUAUAAGUCCAUCUGGAAAUGGCGUAACCAAUACGGCGAGGUUCUCGGGGGUCUCGGCACCGGUAUCGGCGAAGGUGACCGGGGGGUGAUUUGCGGCCGAGAGGCAGCGUGUUGCGGCUCCAAGGAGCGGGAACAGGAAACUGACUGCGACGCCGCGGAUGCCCGAGAACAGGAUGAGAAUAAUGGUACCCUGUCGCCCUGGACUACGCCGUCGCCGGCAUCUUCUAUCUCCGGCUCGCCACCGUCCGAACGCCGGACGCCGAGCCCGCAGUUGAGGCCCGGAUACGCCCGUCACGAAAUUGAGGGUAUCGGCGGCGUAGUCAAGACGAAGCUCGUGCGGAUCGUGCGCGUUGGCGCCUGCGUCCCCGAGUGGGAAGAUGAAAAGAACAAGGGUGAGAUCCUGGGCCGAGAGGUCUCGGGACGCAGUCGUAGUUGGUGCGGCUGGUGCUGGAGAGUGAUUCCGGGGAAGAAAGACUGGGAGACCGCAAAAGCUCAUAGCACAAACGCCAGUACAAACGGGAAGCAAUAA